AUGUCUGACAAACAGACCAGCCAAAGGAAACCAUCCACCAACAAGAACAUCAAGAAGCUGCGUGCUAUUAGCAUGGUGUGCAGCUUGGCGAGCAGCUGGCAGCAUUGGGUGACAGACAACGAGGAGAAGCAGGCCAGUGAACCCAGCGGCUGGGCUCCAACUUCACUGGGAGAACCAGAAGAAAAACCCAGAAAGACUUGGGUCCCUAAGAAACCACCUCCCGCUCCGAUCCAGCCAACAGAAGCUCCUCAAAAUGAUGUAAUCAGUUUAGGAGAGGCUGAAAAGACAUCAACUCCUCACAAUGAGACUAAAGAUGCAGCCAAGACUGAGGAGGUAAAGACCUCAGCUGAGCCACCAUCUCGCAUCAAGGUAAAACAAGUGGUGAAGACGGUUACCAGCGGGGUUCAGGAGAAAGGGGCUGGGGUCGGGCUCCUCACAGAGAAGAUCAAGAAGGAGUCUCUGCCGUCAGACGAGGAGAUUGACAGGCUUCUGAAGAAGAAGAGCUCACCGACACGCCGCAGAAAAUGCUCCAACAUGGUGUCAUCUCUGACCAAAAGCUGGAAGAAGGUGGAGAAUGACCAGAAGCUUAAAAAAGAGGGUGUUGGACCAGGAGAGGGACACACCUGUGGUGGUGGUGAUAAACAUGACAGUGGACAUAACGAGGCAGAGAAAGAGAGAGUGGGCAUAGAGGAUGUUCAAACACAAAGGAUAAGCUCUUUGAAAGAAGAAGAGCAAAACGACUCUGAAGAAGGCCCCGCAAUAAGGAUUAAAAGACCCUCAGUCCCAAUAUUCAAAAAAGAAGCUGAGGAUGCGAACAAGAUCAACGCCCUCUCCAAGAAAUACAGCGCAGUGGGAAACCUCAAGAGCCGCUGGCAGAACUGGGCCUCAGAGCACACUGAUAACCAGAAACUGAACCCCUUCAGUGAAUAUUUCGACUAUGAUUACUCCAUGUCCCUCCGCCUCCAGAAGGGCGAAGACGGUUACGGACGCCCCAAGGAGGGAACCAAAACUGCAGAGAGAGCCAAACGCGCCGAGCAACACAUCCACCGCGAGAUAGCAGACAUGUGUUACGUGAUCAGGACUAUGGCUGACCCGGGUCCGGACGGGAAGACCCGCAUCACUUUCGGAGAGCUGUUUGAGAGAUAUGUUCGGAUCUCUGACAAGGUGGUGGGGAUUCUGAUGAGAGCCAGGAAACACGGGAAGGUGGCGUUUGAAGGGGAGAUGCUGUGGCAGGGCCAGGAUGACGGAGUGAUCAUUACUCUGCUGGUGUGA